AUGUCCAGUCCGAUCUUCACCAAGCCAGCUCGCCCGCUUACAUGGCUCAUAACCGGCUGCUCGUCCGGUCUCGGUCUGGCACUGACCCGUGAAGCCCAGCGACAUGGGCAUACUGUUAUUGCGACAUCUAGACAGCCGUCUCGCACCCCAGAUCUUGUGGCGGAAGUUGAGGCGAAGGGCGGUGAAUGGCAUGUGCUCGACGUGGAUGAUUUGUCCGCAGCAGGAGUUCUUGUGGAGAAGCUGGAAGCAUCGGGACGCAAGAUAGACGUCCUGGUCAAUAAUGCUGGAUACGUUCUGUUCGGCGCCGUGGAGCAACUCUCGGACGAAGAGCGCCGCCGACAGAUGGAAACUAUGUACUUUGGGCCAAGCCGUCUGAUCCAAGCCUUAGUCCCUCGCAUGCGGGAGCGACGCUUUGGAAUCAUUGUGAACAUUAGUUCUGGUGCUGCAUUGGAUGGCCGUGAUAGUAUGGGAGGAUAUGCGGCGGCAAAAGCUGCGCUAGAUGCUUCGACACGUGUUCUUGCUAAAGAGGUAUCUCCAUUCAACAUUCGUCUAUUGACGGUGUGGCUGGGAACCUUCAAUACCAACAUUGGCAAUUCCUCUCCGAUGGCUGAAGCCCCCUUGCCGGAUGAUUAUAAGGGAUCGGUGGCAGAGAAGAUGAUGGACGCUUUCAAGAACGGAACAUUUGUGGGAGAUGGUGACGCCGAUAAGGCUGCUAAAGCAAUCUUUGAAGUGGCGGUCGGGGAGGGUGCUGGAGCUGGUCAUGAAGCAGAGCGCUUCCUGCCGAUGGGUCGAGACAUGAUUCCGCGGGUUGGCCUCGUUCGUGAUCAGUGUGCGCAUGCAUUGGAUGUCUUUGAGGAUAUCGCUGGCAAUGUUUAUGCCGAGAAAGAGUAG